AUGGCUGAAGGGGUUAGCAUUCCUUUUAUAAAAACACGUGUUAAUGUUAGCAUUAAAAUACCAAACACCAAAAAGAGGAUAGAAAAUGCUAAUAAACGCUUUGCAGAAGUAAGUAGACAAUUGUACAAUUUGAAAGUCGACGAAUGCCACACAUCAAAACAACAAAUUUGCACAUUAAAAAUGUUCUUUUCCAAAUUAUAA